AUGCAGGAGAUUCAGAUGCCGGCAGUCCCUGCUCCACCAACACUGGCGGCGCCCCAGCCGGCCAGCGGUUUCGUCCGCUUCGCCAAGGACAGCUUUGCGGGCACUGUCGGCGGCAUUGCGGUUACGAUGGUGGGACACCCCUUUGACACAGUCAAGGUGCGGCUGCAGACACAGCCCUCGGUCAACCCCAUCUACAACGGCGCGAUCGACUGCGUGAAGAAGACGCUGCAGUGGGAGGGCGUGCCAGGGCUGUACAAGGGCGUCACCUCGCCACUGGCAGGGCAGAUGUUCUUCCGCGCCACGCUCUUCUCCGCCUUUGGCGCCUCCAAGCGGUGGCUGGGCACUAACGCCGACGGCACCACUCGCGACCUCACCACAGCAGACUACUACAAGGCCGGCUUCAUCACCGGCGCCGCUGCUGCCUUCACUGAGGCUCCCAUCGACUUCUACAAGAGCCAGAUCCAGGUCCAGAUGGUGCGAGCCAAGGCAGAUCCAACGUACAAGGCUCCCUACACCUCUGUGGGUGAGUGCAUCAAGGCCACGGUGCGGUACAGCGGCUUCAAGGCGCCCUUCCAGGGCCUGUCGGCCACGCUGCUGCGCAACGCCCCCGCCAACGCCAUCUACCUGGGCAGCUUUGAGGUGCUGAAGCAGCAGGCCAGCAAGUACUACGGGUGCGCACCCAAGGACCUGUCCGCCCCCGUGGUCAUGGCGGCGGGCGGCACCGGCGGCAUCCUCUACUGGCUGGCCAUUUUCCCAGUGGAUGUGAUCAAGAGCGCCAUGAUGACCGACUCGAUUGACCCCGCGCAGCGCAAGUACCCCACCAUCCCCUCUACCGCCAAGGCUCUGUGGGCGGAAGGCGGCCUGUCCCGCUUCUACCGCGGCUUCUCGCCCUGCAUCAUGCGUGCCGCGCCUGCCAACGCUGUCAUGCUGUUCACGGUGGACAGGGUUAGCCACCUGCUUUCUGACCACUGA